CUUGUCUUGCCCGCUGGUCACCACUUUUAUCUCUUAGGCUCCGAUAAUUUUUUGUCAUCCCUUCUAUUCCUCAUCUGGUUUAGUUCAGUGAGCAUAUUUGAAUAGAUUCCUCCUUCAUCAAUAACUUGUGUAGCUUUCAUGGCUAUUCAAAGGAUCUGUAUUAAAACUACUCAUAAUCAGCUAUUUUCUUCUAUUCGAAAGCCAGCUCCUUCUUUUUCACUUCUCGGGGUGAAGCAGCUGUUAAUGUUUUUAUCUAAUCUGCUUUUCUGCGAUUGAGAAAAAAAUUCUGCGUGCGUUUUAUCCGAGAGAUUUAGAAUGGAAGCCUCAAACUGCUUAGAAUGGGAUCUCGGUUAAAAUGUCAUGCCUCAUAGUCUCACAAUUUCACUUGUGCCCUCGUUGGUCACUUUCUGGACGACAUUGUCCUUUUUUUUUUUGGUUUACAUGACAACAUUGUCUUUUGUUACUGCUGAUUCCUCCUAUGUUUUUGGUGCUGGUUUUUAAUUGGUGACAACCAUAGUUAGAAAGUGUUUUAUCGGCUAUUGUUUAUAUGACUGAAUAAUCAUAAUGGUUGUUACUGCAUACUCCUCCUGUGGUUCUGACACUGGUUUUUAAUUGGUGAUAACUAUGAUUAGACUGCAGUUUAUGUGAUUGAGUUAUCGGAAUGGUGCAUAAUGAUAAUAUUCUUCAUAAUAAAUUUGAAAAAAAAAUAUAUUAAUUGAGGAACCAUAUAUAAUUGCAAAUUGAAGGGGAGGAAACCUUGGAGAGGAAUAGGAUCUAGAAUCUAGCAAAGAAUGUUGAGGUUAGCUUCAAAGAGAAUUUUGGGAGUGUCACGGGAGGUGCCAUCACCAACACUUCAGGUUCUGCGUCAAUUCUCCCUUGAAAAGGUUGUUGAUCACUGCAACAGCCCCAGGAAUGUCAGAGCCAAUUAUGAUCCCAUGGUUGGUAUGGGCUUGGUUGAGGCACCAGCUUGUGGAGAUGACAUGAAAAUCCAUAUUAAGGAUGAUGAAAGGACCAGAAGGAUUGUCGAUGCUCGCUCCAAGACCUUCAGCUUUGGUUUGGGUGUUGCCUCUUCAUCUAUGGCUACUGGAUGGGUAAAAGGAAACCAAAUGAAGGGAGUUUCAUCCAUCAAGACUAUAGAAAUUGCAAGGCAUCUAUUAUUUCGUCCAUUUAAGCCUCACUGCAGUACGUUGGCUGAGGAUGCCAUCAAAGCAGGUCUUAAAGGCUAUGAAACCAAGCGAGCCUUGGCAACUGCCACUGAGGCAGCAUCUGGAGAGAAAGAUGCUGCCGCCGCCGCCUCAAUGGCCAUGGCUCCGGUGAAAAAUAGACUUCGCCCAUUAUCUCCUCAUCUUUCUAUUUAUAAGCCACAGUCCUCUUCCAUGUCUUCAAUUUUUAAUAGAAUCUCUGGAGUUUCCUUAGCAGCCAUGGUCUUGGGCUUUUAUCUUCUUUGUUUGAAAAUGCCUUUGAUUUGCUUCACCUAUGCUGAUUUUUACCAAUUUUUCCAGUUUUCUUCAAACUUUAGCCUAAUCUGUGCCCAGAUUGCUGCCUUUGCCCUGUCCUAUCAUCUGUAUGAUGGGUCUAAGAGAUUAGUGCAUUAAUUUCAUCCUAUCUCUGUAUGCCAUUGUUAUGAUGAAGAAAACGGCCAUUGUUGUGGUUUAAGUUCGGUGAGUUGAUGAUGAUCGUUGGAGCAUCUUGACAGCCCCAGUUUGAACUUAUGUAAUAAAGAUGUCAUUCCGUGAGACAGUAUUGUCUGUAUCAUGACUGUAAUAAUUUGGACAGUGUUUUAUUUGGUUUCCUUCAACUCUAUGCUUUUAUGCUUCUUUAUUUUUGACAAGCAUUGGCCUGGCGUUAAGUUAAAUGUGAAUCUUGUGUAUGAAAAA